GAGGGGGAAAAAAAACAAUCUCGUAAUAGCAGGUGCGCGCGCGCCUCAUAAACAGCCUUCAUUCAUGAAUCCUGAGGUAACAACAAUAAAACUCACACCGCAGACACGGGUGACCGUGCUGUACUUUGCGAAAAGUGCCGAAUUAACGGGAGUGCGGUCGGAGAGACUCCGGGUGAAUCCAGAGCUGACGAGUCUCCAGCUGUGGCAGCAGCUGGAGCACAAACACCCAAAGCUCUCGGCCGUACGUGAGCAGGUGGUUUUGGCCGUGAGGAGAGAGUACGUGGCUGUGGGCGAGCAGGUUGUGCGUCUGCAGCACGGAGACGAGGUGGCAGUGAUCCCGCCGCUCAGCGGAGGCUAAACACAUCACAGGCUCACUCACUCACUCUUCAGUUAAAGCAGUGAUGGAGGACGGAGAGGGUCGAGACCUGAUUAAACUCACCACAGACAAACUCUCUGCUGAUGCUGUGUCAGAGUCCGUGACC